CUGGGCCAACGAUAAAUUCUGAAGCCUCAGCUUCUUACCAUCAAAGGUGUUCAGAGUUCUUUGGCUUUCUAUUCCUCCUUUCACCACCUUGUUGCUAUCCUCCUUUUCUUGUUUUUAUUCUCAAGUUUGCUACGCAAGUAUUCUCAAAGCUUGAAAUGAAGAAAGUUGUGUUGAAAUUGGAUUUACACGACAGCAAGUACAAAUCCAAAGCCAUGAAGACAGCUUCUGGCCUUUCAGGGGUUGAUUCAGUUUCACUGGACAUGAAGGACCAAAAAUUGACAGUGAUAGGAGACAUUGAUCCAGUGGUCGUAGUGACGAAACUGAGGAAGCUGUGUCACACAGAUAUAGUUUCGGUUGGACCAGCAAAAGAGCCAGAGAAGAAGAAAGAAGAGCCCAAGAAAGAGGAGCCAAAGAAGCCAGCAGAAACUAAGAAAGAUCCCCCAAAAGAACAUAUGCUUUACCCCUAUGUAUAUCACCCUGCAAUGCCCGCAUAUUAUCCUCCAGUGCCUGACUAUUACCCUUAUGGUACUAAAAUCGUUGAGGAAAAUCCAGCUGCUUGCAUUAUCUGCUAAUUUUUUUGUCCUUUUAGAUAUGAAGAUUUAUAUACUAGUGCUUAAAUAAGAAGAAGAAGAGAAGCAUCUUUGGAUUAGUUUUGUUUUCAAUUUCGUUUUGUACAGAGUGGUGGCCUGCUGGGUUAAUUAUUUUAGCUUGAAACUUUGCUGUGAAUUAAUUGGGAAUUUAUCAAACAUUUUGUCUACAUAUAUAUAUUUUUUGAAGUAAUGGAUUCUAUAUUCCUAUUA